CCGCCCCUCGUUCUUUAGAUUGGUCACGCAGAAAACUUCCGUCUUUGGCGAGCGAUUCCACACAGAAAGGAAAAUAUUCAAAAGAGUUACCGAGCUAAUCAGGAGUCAAAUAAACAUCACUACGAGCUUCACGCAGCGAUUGUCUGGGAGCCCCCAGGAGUGAAUGACGCUCCCCCCAUCCCUUCCCACGCCCUGACGAGGAUGACAAUGGAAGAGAUGAAGAAUGAAGCGGACGCGACCUCGAUGGUAUCCAUGACGCUGUAUGCUGUGAUGUACCCUGUCUUCAAUGAGCUGGAGAGAGUAAACCUGUCUGCUGCACAGACUCUGAGAGCAGCUUUCAUAAAGGCAGAAAAGGAGAACCCGGGACUGACUCAGGAUAUCAUCAUGAAAAUUCUGGAGAAGAAGAACGUGGAGAUCAACUUCACCGAGUCUUUAUUACGAAUGGCUGCCGACGAUGUUGAGGAGUACAAGAUUGACAGGCCUGAGCGGGAGUUCCAGGACCUGAAUGAAAGAGCUCGCGCUCUGAAACAGAUCCUCAGCAAAAUCCCUGACGAGAUCAACGACCGAGUCCGUUUCCUGCAGACAAUCAAAGAUAUAGCCAGUGCCAUAAAAGAACUACUGGACACAGUGAACAACGUCUUUAAGAAAUACCAGUAUCAGAACAGAAGGGCACUUGAGCAUCAGAAGAAAGAGUUUGUCAAACACUCCAAAAGCUUCAGUGACACUCUGAAAACAUACUUCAAAGACGGAAAGGCAAUAAACGUGUUUACCAGUGCCAACCGGCUCAUCCACCAAACCAACUUGAUACUGCAGACCUUCAAAACUGUUGCGUAGGAGUCAUAUAAAUGUUUUUUUUAAUAUAACCUUUAUAUGAACAAUGUAAAAAAAAAAAACACAAAAAAAUCCUCUGGACUGUAAUUUAUGAUUCUUGUCUCCUGGCGGUAACACAUAU